AUGGGACAAUCCGGAUCGUCGCCAGUUGUGCUUCACCGCGGGACCGACGCGGAGAUCGAGCGGAAGAGGAAGGAGACGUCGGCCGCUGAAAUCCAGGUUCACACCGAACCCAGCAGAAGCCAGGAAAUCCAGGGAAAGGAAACCCAGCAGCAGUCACACAAGACUUUGUUCUUCGUCUACAAGAAAGUUCGCUAUGUGUGGGACGAAAGCACCUUCACGUUUUCGCCGCAAAGGGCAUAUGAUGCGAUCUGCACCACGGGAAUUCUGGCGUGCAAAGGUUCCGGGCUGACAGCUUUCGAAGUGCAGCGGCAACGAGGCAUUUUUGGCGAAAACCGGUUGACGAUUGACACUCGACCGAUUUGGCAGAUCGUCAUCGACGAGGCUUCGAACCCGUUCUACCUGUUCCAAGUCUAUGCGGCCCUGGUUUGGAGUCUCCAAGAUGAUUAUCUUUUCCCCACUAUUAUCCUGCUCAUCUCAGUCUCGUCAAUCGUGGUGACAGUCCGCGAAACCCGACGGCAAAUCAACAGUUUGCAGAGAAGUGACACGCAUCUUUUGCGGACGGUGCGGGUGUUGCGAGACGGCGAAGAGACGACGGUCGUGUCGACGGACGUCGUGCCCGGCGACGUCCUGCUUCUGACGACGGCUUCUGCCGAGUCCGUGGCCGUCACUUGCGAUUCGGUGCUUUUGUCAGGCGACGCCUUGGUCGACGAGGCCAUGUUGACCGGGGAAUCCGUUCCCGUCACUAAGGUGGCAAUUCCUGAAGAUGGCGAAGAAAUUUUUCAUUUCGAAGCUCAUCGUCACCACGUUCUUCUGAGCGGGACCAAAAUCAUUCAAAUUCGGGGAAAGAACAACGAAAAUGCCAAAGCCCUCGUUAUUCGCACAGGCUUUAUGACUCUGCAAGGGGAAAUGAUUCGAUCAGUGCUGUACUCAGAGGGCCUCGACUUCGCCUUCUUCCGCAAAUACUUGCAAAUUGUGCCAUUUUUCUUCCUCAUCGGGCUCGGUGCCAUGGUCUACACGGCCUACACUUGGGUGCAAUACGGGGCCCCUGUUCGGAAGAUUGUGCUUUUUUGCUUGGACAUUCUCACAUUUGUUGUCCCACCAGUGUUGCCAAUCAUCUUGACUACCAUUCGUGCCACUGCACAAAGACGGCUGAAGAAAAAAGGCAUUUAUUGCCUCAGUACCAUGCACAUUCCUGCUGCAGGAGCAAUUGAUGUCUUCUGCUUUGACAAAACGGGUACUUUGACAGACAAUGAGCUGGGAUUUGCAGGGGCAGUGCCUGUGGUUGAUGGGAAAUGUGUGCCACCAGCAAACCUGAGCUCUUUGACAACCACAGAUGCUCUGGCUGUUGGAGCUGCCACUUGUCACACUUUGGCAUUAGUCCAUGAUGAUUUGGUGGGCAAUGAAACUGACCUGUGUUUGUUCAAAGCUUCAAACUGGGAAUUGGAGCCCGGCAGGAAGAUGGUGUUUGAGGAUGAAGAAAUGGUGCAAGUAGUCGCAUUGGCUCAUCCCCAGCAGGAUCCCGAGCAAAGCUCAGCCAUUAUCAAAGUGUUCCCUUUCGAUCCGAUUCAGCAGUGUUCCAUGGCGAUCGUGAAACGCAAUUACAUGCGAAACUGCGAGCUGUUUGUUAAAGGGAGCGCGCAAACCGUCCUCGAUUUCUGCAACCCGGGCUCAGUUCCGGAUGAAUUGCCUGGUCAUCUGGCCUGGUACGAGCAUCAAGGAUACAGAGCUCUUGCCAUGGCAUCAAAGAGCUUGAGAGACAUUUCACCAGCAAAGGUUCACAGUUUGUCUCGCGACUUGCGAUUUGUCGGGGAUCCUUUUGUUUGA